AUGCUCCAGCUCCGGCUCCUGCUCCAUGCUAUCUCCCUCGAACUCACCCGCAUCCGCGCCCCAGUCCGAACCCCAAUACCCAUUCACAUCCCCAUCAUCAUCAUCAUCACCAUCACCACCCCCAUCCCCAUUCCCACCCACAUCCAUAUCCCCAUCACUACCCAGAAGAUAUACACAUUGGCAUGGUUCAACACUCUGGAUGGAGAAAAGCUGGAGCUGGAGAGAAUUAUAGUUUUGGUUAACAUUCAGGGGUAUGAACCUUUUUCUCAAUGUUUACGCGGGUGCAGCUGUGUAGAAGACCGUCAUGGAAGGUCGCUGGUAUGUAUGGAGGAGAGUGCGUUUGGGGCCAUACCACAGGACCUUCCAGAUGAUAUGACCAAAAUACGCAUAGAAAAAUCUCACUUCACUGAAAUCCCCAGAGGGGCAUUCUCACAGACGCCCGUCUUGGAGAAUUUAUGGCUGAACUUCAAUGAUAUCACAGUGAUAAACUCAAAAGGUCUGGAGGGUUUGGGGAAUUUAACCGAGCUCCGUCUGCAAGGGAACAAGCUGAGUUCAGUACCAUGGACAGCGUUCGAGGACACGCCGGCCCUAAAGAUCCUGGACCUGAAGCACAAUCAGCUGGACGUCCUGCCGGAGCAUGCGUUAAAAUUUUUGCCAGGUCUGACUUACUUAGACUUAUCCUUCAAUCGGCUUACGGUCAUAUCGAAGGAGGUUUUCCAAAACUGGCCUCUAUACCAAAAACUGCAGAGCGCGGAGGAACGGGAGGCGACCGCUUUCGGGCCGAACGUCGUCCUGGCGCUCCACGACAACGACUGGCUCUGCGACUGUCGCCUGAAGGGCUUCGUGGAGUUCAUCAAGUCUCUAAGUCCUCCGAUUAUACUGAUGAACUCUUACUUGACCUGCUCAGGGCCGGACUUUAGGGCGGGCAAGUUCUUCCACGAGGUAGAGCUGCAGGCGUGCGUGAAGCCCGUGGUCACUACCCUGUCCUCCAACAUCAGCCUGCCCCAGGGCGCAAACCUCACCCUGCGCUGCCUCGCCAAGGCCAGGCCAGACCCCGCAGUGUGGUGGACAUAUGGUCUGAAGAUAAUCAGAGGAUUUCAUGAGUCUCAGGAAAGAGUGGACGAAGACACCAUCAGAUCCCUCCUGGUCAUCCCCUCCCUCCAUGCAGCUGACCGUGGUGUCUACACUUGCUCUGCCAUCAACUUUAUAGGAAACUCCUCUGUCAACAUCUUCCUGGAUGUCCGCUCUCCUGGCGGCUCCCAGCCAUUACUCCCGGCUCCACCUGUUCCUGUUAAUGAAAAUGUCUACAUUGACAUCCGCAUCGCCAAACAGACAGUACGCGGCAUCUCUAUUGAGUGGUACGCCACCUUGGACCGCCCAUCUGAAACUUGGUUCACCAUCCACUUUGGCCGUGCAGAUUCCGAUAAGAAAGAAAUGAUCUACAUCGGCCCUGGGAUUCACUCUUACUCCGUCUCUGACCUGAUGCCUGCUACCAAAUAUGAAAUCUGUGUGACCCUUAAGAACGAGGCCCCACGUCCUGGACAGUGCAUUGUGUUUGUAACAGGAAGUGAUGUUACUGAGAUGGAACAGAGGGAGAAGCUGAUCCAUAUAGUGGUGAUAGUUUUAGCCAUGGUGCUUGCUGUGCCUAUAGGUAUGUAUGCCUGCACCACUGACAGUAAGUUUGCCUGCUUGGAGGGUAUCAUGGAGUCCUGGAAGAACCGACGGAGAGAAAGCAGCUCGUCGGGGAUGGAACGGGAGAGGCAAGGCACCUUCGACAGCCUGCAGGCCGCCAGCGACGAGGGCCUGGUUAAUAAAAAUUCCAGGGAAGACAGGAAGGUGAGGAGGAGGUCAGAUGACAGACUGCAUAAGAGCAAAGCUGAUCAUAGCAGACAGACAGCUGAACUAUAUUAA